CCCAACCUUCAAAGCCCUAACCUUUAACCUCCAUGAAACUUCCUUUCAGUCGCGGUGGAACCCCCAAACCCAGCAAUUUCCCGACCGUCAGCCGAGACCUUUAAGCCCCAAUUUCCCGAUACUCCAAUCUUGUUUGAGUUUCUUUUCAAUGGAACCCCUAAACCUCACCAAUUUGCAACCCGAUAUCCUCUACGAAACCCUAACAGUAGACCCAAUUUCGCUCCCUUCUUCACCUUCCGACGAAUCUCCGCCGUCCAAUCAAUAUCCUUUUGAGCCAUACACUGUCUUCCGCAACGAAAUCUCUCUAUCGACAGAAAAUCCCGUCUCCGUGGACUCAGCUGCGGUGGACUAUUUCUCGCUCGAUGUUAAUGAGCCGGAUGAGCCGUUAUUAGUUCAGACUCCAUUAUUGGCCUGCGAUGAAUCGGAGCCGAAGACACCGGCUACUGUGGAUGAGCCAAGGCUUGAGAACAAAUGGUGGUUUGGUGGGAAUAGCAAGUUUAAAAGUCCAAUGCUUCAGUUGCAUAAAGAGAUAGUGGAUUUUUGUGAUUUUCUAUCCCCCACUCCCGAAGAGCAAGCGUCACGUGAUGCUGCUGUGCAUUCCAUUUUUGAUGUUAUCAAAUACAUAUGGCCUUCCUGCAGGCCAGAAGUUUUUGGGUCAUUCAGGACAGGGCUUUAUUUACCAACAAGUGAUAUUGAUGUAGUAAUUCUAGACUCGGGCAUAAAAAAUGCACAGACUGGUUUGCAUGCUCUUUCCAGGGCAUUAUCUCAAAGGGGGAUUGCAAAAAAGAUGCAGGUGAUUGCAAAAGCUCGUGUGCCAAUAGUUAAAUUUGUAGAAAAGAAAAGUGGUGUUGCUUUUGAUAUAAGCUUUGAUGUGGAUAAUGGACCAAAAGCUGCUGAGUUUAUCAAGGGAGCAAUACAAAAUUGGCCUCAAUUACGACCUUUGUGUUUGAUCUUGAAAGUAUUUUUACAGCAGAGAGACCUGAAUGAGGUAUAUUCAGGUGGAAUAGGUUCAUAUGCGCUCCUUGCAAUGAUCAUUGCCAUGUUGCAGAAUCUUUGUAAAUCCCAAGCUAAUCUGGAACAUAACUUGGGGAUGCUCUUGGUACAUUUCUUUGAUUUUUAUGGUCGUAAAUUGAACACUGUGGAUGUUGGUGUGUCUUGCAAAGAUAGAGGCACUUUCUUUUUGAAGAGUAGCAAAGGGUUUUCAAGUAAAGGACGGUCCUUUCUCAUCUGCAUUGAGGACCCACAGACUCCAGACAAUGACAUUGGGAAGAGCUCAUUCAACUAUAUCCAGAUUAGGUCAGCUUUCGGGAUGGCUCUUUCUACCCUAACUAAUCCAAAGACCAUCUUGUCUCUUGGCCCCAAUAGAAGCAUUCUUGGUACCAUAAUUAGACCGGAUCCCGUUUUGCUUGAGCGAAAAGGAGGACCUAGCGGUGAUGUCACUUUUAGUAAGUUGCUUCCUGGUGCUGGAGAGCCUUUACAAACACUUCACAAAGAGCAGCAGGACAUUUUAUGCAAUUGGCAGUUGGAUGAUGAGGAACCCCUGCCUCGAGGGGAUGGAAACUCUGGAGAUUUUAGUGCUCAAUCCUCUGGAAGGAAAAGGAAAUCUUCCAAAGAAAGGCACCGAAAAAAGAGAGUAAAAGAAAAUGGUGAUGUAAGAAAGGUAUGGGAUGAAGAAACAGUCACAAAGAAAGAAAAGAGUUCGCGGAAGAGAAGUUCUAGACAUAAAGAUAAACAUAAUGAUCCCAAUGGUGUUGGUCGUCAUCACGGUGGUUCAUCCUGGAGUCGUUAGAAUGAGCAUGUUCUAACGCCCUUGUGUCUUUGGUUUUCUUCUUCAAUCAUUAAAGAAUAAACCUUGGCUCUAAACGAGGACUAAUUGCGCCGAUGUCAAGGUUGAUUUCUUAAUUCUAUCAUACAAAGGUUGAGGGAUAGUUAUUAUCGACUGCCAUUUCUUCUGGGACAUGGAUGACAUAAGUUCAUUACAGUAGUCCCAUUAUUCUUAGCAUUCUGCUGAGGCCUUUGGGGAAGGACCUCAAACACAUUCAUACCGUCAAAUGUAACCAUACAUUAGUUAUCAGGUUUGUUCAAGUACCAUCUCUCUUUUGCAAUGAUUAUUCACUCUUUUUUAUUUUAUUUUUUGCAAUGUACCAUCAAGAUGAUAAUGGAAGAAAAAAAGCUUUCUUGGAACUUAA